AGGAGAAAAACCCGGAAACGUUUUUUUUUUCCUUUAAAGGGACCUAGCCAUGUUCUGGGGCGGAGGCAUUGAGGAAACAGCUGAGAGGAGCCACGAAGAGAAAGGAGAGAUAGAGGGAGAAAGAUAGAGGGAGAAAGAUAGAGGGGGGUCACGGAGGAGAGGGACGGAAGGGGGUUGUCGCUGUAACCCUGUAGUUGCUGGCCCGAUUGCUGCUAGACUUUUCCAGCUGUGUGUAAGGAAGAUGUUGACAGCUGUGUAAUACCUGCAGUUAAAACGAAUCUUGAACUCGCUCCAGCUCACCAAAUGAUCGUCACAGAAAAUCAGAUGAAAUAGUGUCCUGGGAUUCAUUUAUAGACUUCACUCUUGGCUCGGUGUGAGGAAUGGCAUUGGUCACUGAGAGUUUAUUGAGAAGAGCCCAUAUGUUGGAAUCUGGAACACGACAGCUCUAAAAAGAGAAGCUAGAACUCGGGAUCAGUGUUCAGGACGUGGAAGGAAAGUUUGCCCACCGGGUUCUUCCAUUGGAAUGGCUUCAGUAUUAUGAGGAUCGUGAGCACCUCCCAACACCCAUGUACCGCAGGUUUCAUCGAGACUCUCCUGAUUCUGAGGGGGUGUUUGUGGAUAUUGCUCAGCCCACCCAGCUCUGCAGUAUCUGAGUGAUGCUCUUCCACAGCAUUGCCGGUCUCGCAUGCUGCUGAUUCACAUCUUACCACUCCGCCCCAGCCGUGCCCGGAAUGCUGUUCGUGUCUUCACGUGGACUCAGUGGUGGCUGUGGAGAUGGAUGCACCAAACUCGUUCCAGGCUCUAGGGGGCAGGAGAGAGGCAGAGCAAGUCAAGGAGGGGAGCGGAGGAGAAGAGUGAUGAAGUGCUGCUGCGCUCCCGACAGCAAAAGAUUUCAGCUGUGUUGAUGAAAGGAGUGACUCAAGCUACCACUUGGGCAGGAAAAGAAAAAAAAAACUUUUUUCUCUACUUCUUUUGCACUUUAAAUGUUUAUAUGUUUUUUUCAAUUGACUUGAUGUGGUGCACAAAACUGAAGGAACAAUGAGACACAUCCAUGUGGAAAUUGCACAGAAAGAGUCGUCUGCGGACCAGCCUCCUCAAGAAGGGGAUCUUCCCCGGCCGAACAUCCAAACAGGGGUCCUGGACUCCAGCUCGGGCCAGGGCCUCAUCCGGCCCUUCAGUGAGAACGAGAUCAAGCUGCAGAAGGUCUAUCAGCUCUCCAUCUUCUCACAGCUGGCUGGCUUCACCGAGAGUGUGGGGCAGAGGGCCGGCAAACACACCACGAAGAGGGGACUGUCCGAGAGCCCUACCCAUUCGGACAAGAAGCGGGUUCACUUGGCCCAGUCCGACGAGGAGCUAGAGGAUGAGGUGGGGCCCUCGGACCAGCUGGUGGAUGAGAAGCCCCUGUUGUGUGGCUCCGGCCAGCACUUCUCUCACACAGGGAUGCGUGUGAUUGAGCACAAGGACUACAUCUCUCCUGCCAGAGACCCUGUCUGGAGCGCAGGGAGGCUGCCAUUCCCUCUUCCUGCGCUCGACUGCAGCAAGCAGGUUUUAGAGCACAACGCCGUGAGGAAUGGGGAGGACUGUAACUGUCCAAGAAUCCUGCAUUCUACCGACUGUGCAAUCCAAACAGAUCCGCCAGCUUUCAAGUCAAUGGCAGACUCCAGGACAGCUGGCAUGUGGGAACUUGCCAAUGGAGAAAUGUCUUGUGGCCAAACCUCUGACAACACCGAGCACAAGGACUUCAUAAAACGCUGUAAGUCAAGCGAUGAAGUGCCGGCUCCUUAUCGAGAGACGGAGGACAGGAGGUCAAGGACUUUAGCUCAGGAGCUGAGGUCUCCAGAGACGAAUCAACCGCAGGCUUCCUCCAGUAACGGGCUGGCCUCCUCGGAGAAGACCCCAUGCUUGGCCAAGCAGUCUGGUCCCAGCCCGGCCCCUGGCAGCAGUGGCUGUGCCGUCAAGAGGAAGCUCCUGGUGUCCAGCGACAUGGUGGAGUCCUGCUCCGAGGACGAGGGCCCUUCCACCUCCAAGAAGAGUUGCACCCCACUGUCCCACGCCAUCACCGUGUCCUGCCGCAGCACCGACGCCAAAGCAGCUCCCUUCUGGAACCACCUGCUCCCGUUGGCCCGGGACAGGCCCAAGUGUUCUGCAGAUUGCAGCAGUGUGGGCAGACGACUGAAAGGUGGACUUCGGCUGAAAUCGAGGCAGCUCCGCAGCUCCCGUCGGGGGGAGUCGAGCCAGGCUCCCCGCUCCAGCUGGUCCUCCGGCUCCAUCAGCCGCUCCCUGCUGGGGAACUUUGAGGAGUCGAUCCUGAAGGGCCGCUUUGCCCCGUCGGGCCGGAUCGAGGGAUUCACUGCAGAGAUUGGUGCCAGCGGCUCCUAUUGCCCACAGCACGCCACCCUGCCUGUGGAGGUCACCUACUACGACAUCUCUGAGCACAGCGCUCCCUCCCCCUUCCUGGGCGUGAUCCACCUGGAGUCUUUGGGAAAGAAGGGAUACAGUGUUCCCAAAGCAGGAACCAUCCAAGUGACCUUAUUCAACCCCAAUAAAACUGUGGUGAAGAUGUUCCUGGUGACGUACAGCUUCGGGGACAUGCCAGUGAACCACGUGACCUUCCUGCGGCACCGCAUCUUUCUGGUGCCCGUGGAGGAGGGGGAGGAGCAGGGGGGCACCCCCACCCGGAGGAGGAUACUCUGCUACCUGAUUCACCUCAGAUUCCAGAGCUCAAAGUCUGGGAAGAUCUAUUUGCACAACGAUAUCCGUCUGCUGUUCUCCCGAAAAUCUAUCGAGGUGGACACGGGGAUCCCCUACGAGUUGAAAUCUUUCACAGAAAUGCCAAGAAACCCCAAGUACUCUCCUAGGGUAUGAACACGGGAUAGUUUCACUGCCUUCUGGAAGGACAGUACAGAGAGAGGAACAAUUCAAGCGAAAAAUGAAAAAACUUAAUGCAAACAAAACUGUACGGAAACUUGAAACUCAAAACUGUUUCUGAAUCCAGUGUUAACAUGCAUGCCUUGUAACAAGCCUGUGUUCUCUUGUAGUGCGGUUUACAUUUUAUAGCACUGAUCUUCAACCUUUCUGAACCCAGAGACCAUACACCCGUACUGUGAAUCAACAAGAGAGCUGAAGCCAGCAAACCGUGCUUUAAAAAACAAACACUCACUGUUCAUAAUAGUUCAGAAAGCUCCCUUGUGGAAUACCCUUGUUGAAUAGGACCUGGCAUCUUUGGGGACCACACACCUUGGCAUACACUCCGUUACAUGUUGUGCAUAGUUCACAGAAGGGAGGAGUUCAAAAACAUGCACUAGUGGCUGAGGAAAUGAUCAUCUGCUCAGCUAAUCUCUCAAUUCCCAACUGGAUGAACGUCCAGUGACUUUCUAUAUACCACACCAGCGGUUUGGAUGUUUUAGACUCAAGGAGUUGUGUUAAAAAACCUUGCUACUAUUAAAGAAAGCUAUAGCCACUGUCCAUGCCCGGGUCCUCCACCACAAGGGGAAUUAAUGUUCAAUGACGUAUGAGCAGUGAGUGAACAUGAAAACAGAUGACUGUUUGGGUAUGGUCCGGGAAAAGUGCCACCCGUGUAGGCCACAUAUGAAAGGCAAUUCGAAACUAAAAAUACCUUUAAAAAAAGCUGCUAUAACACAGACCCGCUGGGGCAAAAUUCACCCAUCAUGCAUUAAUCCCCUGACUCCCUUAGCUUUGGGAGUGGGGUAGCACUGCAGGUGCACCAGCCUCACCCUUCUAUAUACAACUAGGCAAUGGGGAUAGGGGACGUACGUGAUUGGGAUGUAGUUUAAAAAAAAUACUCCUGUUCUGAAAUCAGAGUUGCUACAGAAGCGUUCUCGAUCCUGGAAACUCCUGUGCUGUCACUGUGCACAUCCCUGGUGUUGGUGGUUCAUCCAGUCUGGGGGCCACCAGUCUGUCCAUUGGGGAGGUUGGUUGGAGAACACUAUGUUAGAGCAUUCUGUUAACAGUCUGAGUUAAAAGAAAACAAAAAAAGAGUAGUGUUUAAUUUAUUUGCAGAUGUCUUACAGCAAUACUGUGUGCAUAUUGAAGGUGUGAUUUUAAAACCUGACAGUUGUUCAUGUCUGCCAGGUAUGUACAGUACACGAAGGCUGCUCUGUGCCGAGCCACAUUUUGUUGAGAGAUGAUUGGUUUUGGGGAGUGGGGAGGGGUGGAGAACUGGACUUGCCAGUAGCACAGAUCACACAAUAAUUAAUGUUGCAGAUGUGAUGUUAUCAAAAAAUGUUUUUAGGUUACUUACAAUUUAUAAGACAUCACAACUUCUGAUGCCUACUAAACACAGCCCUCAAUAGCCCAAGCAUAGUAAAACUGUGGAUUCUAAAGAAAAUGCAGGGGGGUUGACAAAAAAAAAAACACACAUUAUGAAAGGGUGUCUACCAUGGGUCUACCAAUUGCAGAGUAUUUUAGUUGCAAGAAACUUUUUUUUUUUUUUAAUCUUGUUAUUUAAAUAUAAUUUUAGUUUAAGUCUAUAUUUAAGAUAAAAGUAGAUUGUACUUUGGUUUUAAAAUUGGAUUUUGAUAGGGCUGGAAACUAACCAGAGGAUAUUUUAUUAUUUAUUUUUAGCAAUGUGGUUUAUUUGUAGUAAGAGCUUGUGUUGGUUUGAGAAAAGGUCUUGUAGCAGUUCAUCAGAGAAGAGAGAUGCACACCACAUCUUUUAAUGCACAUAUUUGUACACUACCGUUAGUAUUCCAUUUAAGUAAAGGUUUUGCAGUUGCUGAUUGGCACAAUGAGUAAAUAGGUUGUACCCUUGCUUAAACAUCAGUUAGGAGCUGUUCCAAGAUGCUCUGCAGUACAGUAGAGUUCACUGGGGUACAAAGGAUCCCUGACUUUGAAAAACAGAAGUAGUUAACGCAGUGAAAAAUAACAAUUUCUUCUUUGGAUGGUCACUGAAAGAGUGGACAAUUACAGUGAUAUUUCUGAGAAUAGGCAGUGUUUAAAAAAAGACAUUGCAAGAUAAUAACAGAUUUAUAUUGCAUUAGCUGGAUAAACAAGUUAAAUUUAAGUUUUGCUAAAAUGAUUUUACUUUGUUUCUUUUAUUAUUAUAUUCUACAGAUUGGUGUAUUGAAGUUAUGGAUCAAAAUAAAGGGACAGUGAUAGUCUAUUUGGGGUCCAUCCAUGGAGUUUGAGGGACCUUAUAAAAACAGCCAUGUGAAUCACUAACAAAACAAGUUUGGCGACAAAAUGGGUGUGAAAAUCAUUGCGUGAGAAGAAAGGAACAAAGCUAUGGAAGAUGG